AUGAUAACCCGACGAGAGCGCGGGAUGCUGGCGCACUUGCCCUCAUGGACCGUCCUGCCGUUAAUAGGCAACGCAUUAAAAUUCAUCGGCAAACGCAACGAUUUGUCCAAAUAUUAUAACGAGGUCUCUGAGAUUAUUGAAGAGACAAAGCUUCCGUUUGUGAUAUGGCUCGGUAACAUAUACGGCGUCGUGCUGUCGGAUCCAGAAGAAGUGCGGGCCGUAUCGACCAACAAUUUAGACAAAUCUUAUAUUUAUGACUUCACUCAUAUCGUGUUUGGCGAAGGUCUUGUAACUGCGCGUGGUGCAAUUUGGAAGAACAAUAUCAAGAAGUUGGGCAGUGCUUUCAAGUCAAGCGCUGUGGAUGCCUUUCAGGUGGUAUUCAACGAACAGUCGAGGGGUUUGAUCAAAAGCCUGGAGACUGAAGUUGGCGGCGGACCAUUCGAACUGCAACACAAGUACCUCACUAACGUAACCCUGAGGGCUGUGUCUCAAUCCGCCCUCGGCAUAUCUGGUGAUGGUGACAUAAUAGACGAGAAGUUCACUCAUGCUUUCGUUCGAGUGAUGGAAUUGAUUCUUGACCGAACCAUGAACAUUUGGCUACACUCCGAAGCUGUGUAUCGUCUGACACCGGCUUACAAAGAGUCUGAAAAGUGCGCAGGAAUAGUCUGCAAUAUUACGGAAAAGGUUUUAAGACAAAGAAUAAACCAAAAGGAGGAUAAAAUAAAUGUAGACAAUGGAAAUCAGGAUUCCGAUGUUUCGAUGAAGUCUUUCCUCGAUCUUCUGUUGGAGAUGAGGGAAACUGACUCCAGUUUGACCGAAGAGCAGAUCAAAUACGAAUUGACUACGAUUCUGCUGGCGGGGCAAGAGACCGCCGCAGCGGCACUCAAUUUCAUUUUACUUACACUCGGAUGCAAACCGGACGUCCAGGGGAAACUGUAUCGCGAAAUCCGCAACGUUUUCGGUGACACGAGGCGUCCCGUGUCCAAGGAAGACCUAGGUCGCCUGAUCUACUGUGAAGCUGUGAUCAACGAGACGUUGCGUUUGUAUCCGCCGGUGCCAGCCAUUCUACGUUACGCAGACCACGAUGUGCAGCUCAAAUCCUGUACAAUCCCCAAGGGGACGACGUGCGUUUUCAAUAUUUGGGGCAGCGGGCGCUCAAAGCACAUUUGGGGCCCUGACGCCCUGCUGUACAAGCCCGAGCGAUGGCUGGACCCUUCGACGGCCUCUAAGUACGCUUCUGCACUGUUAACUUUCAGCACCGGCAGGCGGGCUUGCAUCGGCAGACGUUACGCCGUCAACUUGAUCAAGACGAUCCUGGUGCAUUGCUUGACGGAGUACGAGUUUAUUUCGGAGGCCGACAAGAUGACGUUACAAAUGGAUGUUUUUUUGCGACCGAAAAGCGGGAACCUGUUGCAGAUACGGCGACGAAGCGCU